AGCUGUGUCUGCUAAAGAUUUGGACAUAUGUGGCCCUCUCUUAUAAAAACCACCCACAAAAGCAAAAGCAGAGGUGAAAACCAGAAGCUUCUUUAUUCUCUCUGUGGCCAGAACUUGUACAGUGAAAAUUCUAUCUCGCUCUCUUUCUGACUCAAAAAUAUCCAAAAAGCAAGAACUGUAUAAGAUACCAAAUCUACUUUUCUUCGCACUGGCAAUAGACAAUAGUGGUUCCUGGAGAGUUCCUUGAUUCCGUUAUAAAGGCAAGAAACCAGAUAAGCAUUGAAGCUAAAACUAAAGCAAACCCACUGUGCCUAGAGGCCUGCUCCUGGCUAAGGAAAACAACAAUGGGGUGGCUCAGAACCAAACCACCUUCAUUUUCCUCCAUUUUCUUGCUGUUUCUCACACUUUCAUGUGUUUCCACGGCCCAACAACCGAACCCCAUCAAGACCAUUGUGGUUUUGGUGAUGGAAAACAGAUCUUUUGAUCACAUGAUUGGUUGGAUGAAGAAAUCUAUCAAUCCAGCAAUCAAUGGUGUUUCAGGGAAAGAAUGCAAUCCUUUAUCAACCAAGAAUCCCGGCCCACAAUCCAUUUGUUUCUCAGAUGAUGCUGAGUUUGUGGAUCCAGAUCCUGGACACUCUUUCGAAGCUGUGGAACAACAGGUAUUUGGCAAUAGCUCCAUUCCUUCAAUGACUGGUUUUGUUGACCAAGCUCUGACUAUAUCACAGAACCUCUCUGAAACUGUCAUGAAAGGCUUUAGGCCUGAAGCUGUGCCCGUUUAUGCAACACUUGUAAAAGAAUUUGCAGUCUUUGAUAGGUGGUUUUCUUCAAUCCCUGGCCCAACACAACCCAAUAGGCUGGUUGUGUAUUCCGCCACUUCUCACGGCUCAACAAGCCAUGUCAAGAAGCAAUUGGCUAAAGGGUACCCUCAGAAGACAAUUUUUGAUUCACUUCAUGAGAAUGGCAAGAGCUUUGGGAUUUACUUUCAAAACAUUCCAACAACUUUGUUCUAUAGGAACAUGAGGAAACUGAAGUAUAUUUUCAAGUUUCAUCAGUUUAAUUUGAAGUUCAAGAAAGAUGCUAGAAAUGGGAAGUUGCCAAGCUUAACUGUGAUUGAACCAAGCUAUUUUGAUCUUAAAGGAAUGCCUGCAAACGACGAUCACCCAUCUCAUGAUGUUGCUAAUGGUCAAAAAUUUGUCAAGGAGGUUUAUGAGGCAUUGAGAGCUAGUCCUCAAUGGAAUGAGACCCUAUUGGUCAUUACUUAUGAUGAACAUGGUGGAUUUUAUGACCAUGUUAAGACUCCUUAUGUUAAUAUUCCUAGCCCAGAUGGGAACACUGGCCCCGCCCCGUCUUUCUUCAAGUUUGAUAGGCUUGGAGUUCGUGUGCCGACAAUUAUGGUCUCUCCUUGGAUCAAGAAAGGCACUGUGAUAAGUGGCCCAAAGGGACCUGCUCCAAACUCAGAGUUUGAGCACUCCUCAAUUCCUGCAACUAUAAAGAAGAUGUUCAACCUGUCCUCUAACUUCUUGACACACAGAGAUGCAUGGGCUGGCACAUUUGAAGGAGUUGUUGGGGGGCUGACAUCUCCCAGAACUGACUGCCCAGUGACCUUGCCAGAUGUAGCACCUUUGAGAAGAACAGAAGCAAAAGAAGACGGUUCACUUUCCGAAUUCCAGAGUGAGGUAGUUCAACUAGCAGCUGUUCUUAACGGUGACCACUUCUUGAGCAGCUUCCCAGAUGAGAUGAGCAAGAAAAUGAAUGUCAAAGAAGCGCAUGAAUACGUGGAAGGUUCUGUUACAAGGUUCAUCAGAGCUAGCAAAGAGGCUAUCAAUUUAGGAGCAGAUGAAUCUGCCAUUGUAGAUAUGAGAUCAUCACUUACUACUAGAUCUUCGGUUCACAAUUAGUUAUUAAUCAUUUAGGGUUUUCCUCCAUUUUCUGUUCAAAAUCGUGUGUAGCUUCAUGUCACUAGAUUGGUGGAAGUGGAGGGCAACCAAAGCAAAAAGAAAGCUCUCCUGCAUAAUGAUUUUGAUUGCUUUGAAUCGUUUGAAGAAAACAGUCUAGUGAAGCACAAGUCUAGAGUCAUUUGUAGCAAAUGUCCAAACAGGAAAUGCACUUUUAGCUACAGAAGUACGCAACUUUUGGUGUU